AACCCCCAUCAUGGCUGCUACAUGCUGACUGGAAGUGAUUCUCAAUUAUUUUAGAACCUGCCUCUGUGAAGUGACUGGUUCUCACAGAGAAUUCUGAAAGAAUGUGGAUUAUCCAAAUUCCCUGCUGUCUGUUGGCAAUACUAGAUCUAUAUUUCCUGAACCACUUGACCCACAGUCAAGAAACAGCACUGCUUAGUCCCACUCCACAGAUUCAUCGAUUGACUCCCAACUUCAUCUCUGACAUGCUGGAAGUGGAGUGGUAUGACGGUGGCUCAGUCUUCCUGGAGGAAAUGGACGCCACCUGGCAAAUCCAGAUCCUACGGAAAGAGCUCACGGAGGAAGUGGCCCUAGAAACCUAUCAUUCAAAGUUAAGUGCUCAUAAGAAACUGCUCCACUGGACCUGGACUUCCGACCUGCCUUUUAAUUGCACUACACACUAUGUCAGGAUCCGUUGUCAACUUCAUGGCAAUACUCUUGAGGAGAGCAAGUGGGGUCAGUGGAGCCAAGUUGCAAAUAUUACUGGAAAAGAUACAGGCUCCACCACACAGAUGUAUCCAAUAGACAGAAUGGUGCAAGUGGGUUCGGACGUGACUUUCUGCUGUGUGUGGAAAAAUGGACAAAGUCUGAUUAGUGUGCAUUAUGCUGACUGUUCCACGGAGUGGUGCUGGACUUCCCCUCUUUCUGAGCGGAGCAUGUUAAUCCAUGUGCACAAUGUCAGAGCUUCAAUUCAGUCUGGGAACAAUGCAUGGUGCAAUUUACAGAACUACCCAGGACCUGACGAGGUCCUUACUGGAACUGUUCUAUUUGUAGGCUGUAAGUAUGAAGAAUUUGUGUGGGCGUUUCUGCACUGA